GCUCACAGUUCAAAAGAAAAGUUGAUUGGUAAAGGUGUGAACUAUGGAAGGGGAACUAAAGUGUCCACAGUGCUCCGAAUUUUAUGUGAAACCAGUAUUAUUGUCAUGUUCUCACAAUUUGUGCUCUGGAUGUGCGCAUAACUUGCAAGACUCAGUUGAUAAAUUUUUACCUCAAAAUGAUGAAAAUAAUUCAGACCAGGGUGAUUAUCCUGAGUUGGACAAAUUAAGUAUUGUCAGUGAGACUGAUAGUGGGGUUGUCUGCAACAGCAGGCCAAAUAGUUACAUCAGUACCCCAAGUAUUCAUAAUUUAUUUUUGUCUUCAACUCAUCUUGCACAAGGAUGCGUUUAUGGAAUAAAAUGUCCAGUAUGCAGAAAAGUUACAUACAUGGGCGAAACAGGGUUCCAAUCCCUUCCAAGAAAUCGUGUGUUGGAUAUCAUUGUUGAAAAAUUAGGUGAUUCGACUAAGAAAGCCGAAAAUGUAACGCAAAAGUGUGAACUUUGUGAUAGCGAAAACCCAAAAGACGCAACAGUAGUUUGUGAACAGUGUGAAGUGUUUUACUGUGAAACGUGUCGAGAAAAUUGUCAUCCCGCACGAGGACCUCUUGCGAAGCACAAUUUGGUGGAUUCUAAAAAGGGAAGUGAUUUAUUACGUGCAAAAUUGAAGCAAAAGGAUCAGAAGUGUUACGAACACACCGGGGAGGUUUUAAGUUUGUACUGUUUAACCUGUAAAAUCCCAAUGUGUAUAAUCUGUCACCAGGAUGGUCCUCAUAUAAACCAUGAGUCUCAGGCUAUAGGUGCUAUGUGCAAAUCUCACAAGACGGAACUAUCUCAGACGUUGCAAGCCCUGUCGGAAAAGGCAAAAACUGAAACAGAAUUCAUACAGAAGCUUAAGGCAAUGACAGAGCGAAUACCAUCGAACUGCAUAGAGUUUGAAGCAGUCGUUGUUGCUCAGUGUGACGCUCUCAUUGAAGCCAUAAACGAGCGUAAACAGGAACUGUUGGAUUUUGUCAGUGCAGAACAGGAAAUGAAGGUGAAAAUCCUCAAAGACCAGGCGCACUCCUGUACGGCACACCUCCAGAAAACCACGAGUCUCCUGUACUUCUGCAUUGAAGUGUUGAAGGAGUCUGACCCUGCCUCAUUUUUACAGAUCUCAAGUUCACUGCUGAACAGGGUUUCUGCUGUGGAUCAGAACUUCUUCAAGGAGAUCGAGUUAGUGCCGCGAGUGUCACCGGAGUUUGAACUGACCCUGGAUAAUUCUCCUGUCCUUCAUGCUGUACAGACCAUGAACUUCUUCCAGAUGAAAGCCCCUGGUCAGCCCUCAAUUCUGCCUGAGGAGUGCAGCGCGGAGAACAACAGCGUGACCAUUGCGUGGCAACCGUAUCCAGGAAGCGUGGUGGAGGCGUACACAUUGGAGCUUGACGAUGGAAAUGGUGGAGACUUUCGGGUUGUGUAUGUUGGUCCGGAGAUGAUGUGUACAGUCGAUGGUCUUCACUUUAACAGCAUCUACAACGCGCGUGUCAAAUGUCAGAAUCAUGCAGGUGAAGGCGAAUACAGCGAUCUAGUCAGUCUCCAAACCGCAGAAGUGGCGUGGUUUAAUCUUGACCCGUCCACAGCUCAUCGUGACAUCAUCAUUUCCAACGACAAUCUAACAGCAACAUGCAACAGUUUCGAGCAUCGCGUCAUACUAGGCAGUACGGGUUUUUCCAAAGGCGUCCACUAUUGGGAAGUGACCAUCGACCGAUUCGAGAGCAACACCGAUCCUGCUGUUGGCAUUGCGAGAUUCGAUGUUGGGAAGGAUCAUAUGCUUGGCAAGGACGAAAAAGGCUGGUCCAUGUAUGUUGACAGCAGUCGGAGCUGGUUCAUGCACGCCGACAUACACUCAGACCGUACCGACGGCGGAAUCAAGCGAUCUAGCAUUAUCGGGGUCUUGCUCGAUUUAAAACAAAAGACACUGAGUUUCUUUGUGAACGGGGAGCCUCAAGGCCCGAUAGCGUUCUCAAAUUUGUGUGGUGUUCUUUUCCCAGCAGUCAGUAUCAAUCGUAAUGUUCAAGUGACACUUCACACUGGACUUACCCCACCCACUGAGGCUAAUGACAGCGAUGACUCAGCAAUUUAGAAAAAUAUUUUUUGAUAAAUUGAAACUUGUUGCAAUGUUGUUUGUUAGAUUAUCAUUGUUUCUCCGUUCAUCUUCUUAUAUCACCAUUGUUCAUUAUAGUUUUAUUAAAUCAUUCUCAUUACAUAAGCAUCAAAGAGUUUUAUUGUUUUUGUUGUAUAAUUUUAGAUAUCUUUUUAUCAUGCUAAUGUGCUAUUUUAUUAUGCUAUUUUUAUGGAAAAUGGAAUAUGGAAUUUAUUUCAUUCAGGUAAUAAUGGAUUUUUCUUGCGAUGCCUGCGAUUAAAGAAGUAAUGAAGUGAUUUCAUAUUUUUUCCAUAUUAUGUAGUUUCUAUCACAUUUUUAUUAUUGGAGGAGAAGCGACUAUUGCAUACAAUGUGAAACAAUUUUAUGGCAGUAAAUAUGGGUUUUGAAUAAUGAAUUUUUGUCUUAAUUAGUAAUCUAUUUUGGGAAAACAUUUUGCCACAGAUAAAUUAUACAUAAGUGGUUCAUCUGAAAAAAAAAUAUUUUAGUAAAUUUCAUUGCCAUUUUCAUUUUAAGAUGAUAGCAUCUAUUAAAAUCAUUCAUUUAUAUAUCAUUUGCACUUCAGCUCUUAACAUCAUUUCUUACAGUCAUGUCAUCUCGAUAAACUAUUUUUACAUUUUGUCAUGUAAAAAACUACAUUUUAGCUGUACAUAUCACGUAUUUAACUACCAGAGAACGCGUAGAGAUGCCAAAUGAAAGUGUAAUCAUUUUAUCAUGUGAAUCUUCAUUUUUUGCUACCAUCUUAUUUUUGUCACGCAAGUUGCAGAUACCUUUUUCUGAAGUGUGAAAGAUCAAUUUUUUAUGAAUAUAUAAUUUUUGACAAAAGUGGACUUUUUUGGUAAAAAAAGAGAUACUAUUAUUGUUCAGUUUAUUUUCGAAGCGUCUGCCUAUGGGCGGAAAUUCCAGUGACGUUAUAUAUUUGAGAUCUUAUGUUUUUCUUUGAGUUAUACCCUGGAAGAUACCCAUGUGUCAUCCUUUCUUCUACAAUCCAAUGAAUCAUGUAUCAGAAUGGAUCGAUCACGGGUUUCUGAUAAUCCAAGCUCCACAUUAAAUAAUGUAUAUCUCUAUUUAGGGGUGUGGCUGGACUUAAUUAACAACACUUAUUUAGAAUUUAAAUAUAUAGUUAAAAUAAAUUCUCAGAGACACUUGGCAGACGAAACUGCACUUAUAAAAUUUAUAUUUUCCAUUGACCUAAGUAAAAGUUAGUGUUUAUUUCUUGUGCUGACUUAAUUGUUUAGAAGGCUAAACUCUCUUAGAGUUGAGCUCAGAUUUAGAGUUGAGCUCAGAUUUAGAGUUGAGCUCAGAUUUAGAGUUGAGCUCAGAUUUAGAGUUGAGCUCAGUAUAUAUAUAUAUUUAUCUAUUCAAGCCAGAGUGCACACACAAGCUUCUAAAUAACCCAUUUAAUAAAAACAACUUUAAUGACUAAAUGGAAAUUAAAUAGUUGUUCAUAAUCUGCCUUAUAGAUAUUUGAUGGUUAGUUUGAUCUAAAUUUAGAUUUCUAAAUGAUUAAAUGUGAAUCUGUCAGACGAUCCCAUUGGUGAACACAUGUGGCUGAACACUAAACUGAAAAAAACAUUAAAGGAUAUUAUAAAUAAAAUUUAAUAAGUCUGCAGAAAUGUCUAAGACAUCUGACUUCUGAUUUAUUUUCUGUUGAAUAUGAUCGUCUGAUCUGUUGUUCGUGAGAUUUGAGUUUAUAUAAAACAUUUGAUAUUUGAUGUCGAGAUGAGAGAAAUUGUUUUUUUCUGUACGUCGCCUUUGUUCGUUUAUAUCCAGACAGUAUUUAAUUAAAAAAAACAACAUUUUUUUUCUUUUACAUCAUCUCUUCGCUUUGAUCUGUAAUAAACCACUAUUUAUAUGUUUGUCUAGAGGAGUCUGUAAGAAUAUGCAUCAUUAUUCAUGUAUUUAUCACUGUUUAGCAAAUAGACUGUGAACAGAUUUUGACCAAUAAUAAAUGA